AUGGUCAGAAUCUGGCGGGCUUCCGGAGAGGAGUUGUCCGUAACAACGGAUGAGCUAAGAGAGUACAUGGCCGGGGAGAGUUGGCCUGAUGACCCGAAUGUGGGGACCUUGAAGGAUUACCUACGUGCGAAGCAUGGGUUCCCAGUUUGCCUUCAAGAAGUACUGCAAGCGAACAGUUUCUUGCAGGCCGCCACCAAGCUGGAGGAGACCAUGGAACUGCAGCUGGUUUUAAAAGCAGUUGAUGGCAAUGCAAACCUGUUGGCAGCUGCAAACGAGUUCACAUAUGACGCAAUCGGGGCUGGCCGCCUUGAUGUUGCCCGGUUCUUACUAGAAGCUGGUUUACCUGCACGCCUGUUCCUGCAAGAGGCAUCCAGAGAAGGCCACGCUGGGAUCGUGGAUUUGCUGCUGAAAUCUCGUGCCGAUGUGGAUGCUGUUUUAAACUGGUCCGGAGGGAGUGCCCUUCACGAAGCACUCAAAUCUUGUCAUGGCGAGAUGCCCAGGACUCGGAAGGGAAAACUGCCCUUCACUUGUCAUCCGAGAACGGCCUCACUGGGACCGUGGCCUGGCUCCUGA